AUGGCGAGUUUGUCCAGAUUGCCGAUGAUGGACUGCUAUGAGGUCCUGGAGAUCUCACCAGAUGCCUCGCUCAAGGAAAUCAACAGCUCUUACAAAAGACUCGCUUUGAAGCUCCAUCCGGACAAAACAAGAGGGGAUGACUCUGCUGUCAUUAAAUUUCAGAAGAUUACCGAAGCCGUCGAGGUUCUCCGCGACACAACCACGCGCCGAGCACACGACCAGCAGCUCGGUAGAAAAUACAAACAUCCAACUGAAGAGGAGCGUCUGUUCGCCCGCCCAGACUACAAAGGAUGGAAACCGAAUGGCAUGUGUAGGGGCACAUACGUUUGUAAGGAUCGGUACAAGUUCAGCUACGGCGAAAGCGUUCACAUGAAUCCCUCUUCCAAAGAGUCGCAGGAAGAACUGGCUCGCUGCGAAAGAGCACGUGAGGAGGAGGCAGAGAAGGCGAGAGAAGAGAAUUUACGCCGGGCUGCUGAAAAAACUUCUGCCGAGACUGCAGCAAGGAAGACAAACCGUCGGAAAACCUGGCGGGAAACUUGGAACCCGGACGAGGAAGAACUAGCUCGCUGCGAAAGAGUCCGGAAGGAAGAGGUAGAGAAAAGGGAGCAAGAAAAUAUCCAUCGAGCUGCCGAGAACUCUGCUGCGGAACAAUCAACGAAGGAGGCAAACAACUGGAAGACAUGGCAGUCUGUGCUAAACCCAAACGCGAAGCCUUUCAGAGCGCCGAGACAGACAUACAAUGGUGGGGCACACAGCGGCCUUCGACCCGUUUGGUUCGCUGGAGCAGAGCCUAAAGAGGGUAGCCAGGGUGUGCUAGAGCCUGAUCUUGCCGGUGAAGCUGAGGUUGACCCUCGGGCAGGAUCUAAACAGAAACAUGAGCGCGGAUUCAACAUUGAAACCCUGUCCGAGGUGAGCGGAAAUGCCACUACUGAAGCGCAAAUCAAUCCCGACCUUGAGGCUCAUUCCGACGCUGGCUUUGAGGGUGAGGGGGAUAUUGAACCUGAUAUGGAACCAGUGGCUGUAGUCGGAGCCGGAUCUGCUCAUCACGCCAAGUCUGACGCUAACAGCAUCAUCGAUAAAAUUGGGAACCGUCAUACUGCCACUAGCGGCAGUAUUGAAGAGACCUCAUUCGAGAAAGAACAUGAGGCCAAGCCUAGACACCAUGAGACUGAUAUUGACAUCGACACCGCUACUGAAGAGACCGAUUCUGUUUACACGGCAUCGCCCGAUUGUUUUACGCCAGAAGACCCGCAGGCACCUGGAGACUUCUCCAACUGCUCGAUAAGUGGCGCCUGGGCCCCUUCAAGCAACGAUCACCCAUUCAAAGCUGAUGGUAUUCCUGCGGCAGACGAUGAGAGCGCAGGAUCUAUAUAUUACGACUUCAGCGAUGCCUUAUCACUUCCAUCAAACCGUCCAGGAAGCCAGGACCACCAUGAUUUAUCCACCAAAGACACGUCCAGCGCCGCUCCCAGCGACGCCUCGCCGAUCCCUGUGUGGCAUGACUUCGCCGAGUUCGACGAAGCAAACGUCUACCCUUACUUAGCACCCUUCAUUCCGUAUUUCACCACGAAACUGGCAGAUACAGAUGGUUGUUAUAGCAAAGAAGACCUCCACGGUGAACUCAAAGGCAUGGUCAUGGAGACAUACUGCGGCUGGCUGGAGACUUUGCGUGUAACCAUUCCAGGUGCACCAGACCCCAUACGCCCCAUGAACUCCCAUGAUUGCCGCCACCUCGGAUACUGGAAGAAAGACCUGGGCCACGAGAAAUGCGAGGAAUGUAAUUUGUGGAAGCCCAUAUACAUGCUCGUCUGUCCUGGUUGCGGGAUCAAGAGGUGCGUGAGAUGCAAGUUCGAGAGAGGUCAGUGA